UUGUCUCUCCCCCAUCGCACAGCAUCCGCGCACUGUUCGCAAUCAACCAUGGUCGAAAACGUCCUUGAUGAUAUCUCCCAUCGGAGGUAUAACCCACUCCGCGGUUCUUCUAUCUUAGUGUCCCCUCACAGAACUAAGCGUCCUUGGCAAGGAGCUCAAGAAAGUCCUUCCAAGACAACUCUGCCCACCUAUGAUCCUGCUUGCUAUCUGUGCCCAGGCAACAAGCGUGCGCAAGGAGAUGCGAACCCCAAGUACGAAAAGACUUUCGUUUUCGUGAACGACUACAGCGCUGUCAAGGAGGAGCAAGCGCCAUAUAGCCCGGACAAUGCAGACGAUCUGGAAUCUUUCUUCCUGAAGGCAGAGCCUGUCACUGGCAAAUGCUACGUGCUCACCUUCUCCGCGGCCCACAACCUCACCCUGGCAGAUCUGUCUCCAGCCGAGAUUGCUCCCGUCAUUGACGCCUGGACUGAGAUCUACAGUGCACAUCUGUCACCUAAGUCACCGCUGGCUGCUCUUGCCCCUGCGACCACCCUCCCUCCCAACUCCCCCACCGCUGAUCUGGCCAAGCCCAAGGAGCAAUAUCGCUCGCUACCUGAAGAGCCAGCGAUGGAGCUGGAACAACUUAAGAAAUACCGCAAGGAGCACGGAGGCAAACACAUGUUGGAAGAUUAUGCGGCUCUCGAAAGCCAGAAGAAGGAGCGUGUGGUGUUCGAGAACGACGCAUUCCUGGUCGUCUGCCCCUGGUGGGGAGUUUGGCCAUUCGAGACAAUGAUUGUUAGCAAACAACACAAGCGUGCGCUCGUUGACCUAAACGCCAACGAGAAGGCACAGUUGGCCGAAGCCAUCGCGGAGGUCACUAGACGCUACGAUAAUUUGUUCGAGACGCACUUCCCAUACAGCAUGGGUAUCCACCAGGCACCACUCGAUGGGACUGAAGAGGAGAUUGAGUCUUCGUAUCUGCACUUGCACUUCUAUCCUCCGUUGUUGCGCAGCGCAACUGUGCGGAAGUUUUUGGUUGGUUAUGAAAUGAUGGGCGAGCCUCAGCGAGACAUCACCCCUGAGCAAGCGGCGGCAAGAUUAAGGAAUUGUGGUGGAGAGCUGUAUAGGAAGAAGUUGGACGGGUAA